UCUCCCAGAGGGCCUGGGCUCUGAGUGGUCAUGCUUCGCAGGACGUUGCUUUUGGGCUUGUGCCGGGGCCCCUUGGGCCGGGGUCUAGGCACACACAGAGGAGGCUCUAUUCUGGGUAAAGUUGAGGGCCGCGGAGGGUAUCGUGGUUCUUGGAUGGCCCCAAGCUCCAGCUCUGUGACCUUCCGGACUCAGGACCCGGCCCACGAUGUAAAGACAGUGGGUCGGCUGGGAGGAGGGGACCGAGAUGGAAAGAUGUCCGAGAUCAAGAAGAAGAUCCAGUCAAUCCUUCCCGGCGGGGACUGGAAUCCACUGUACGACACCAGCCACCUGCCCCCUGAGAGCUCAGAUGUGGUGAUUGUGGGGGGUGGGGUGCUUGGCCUGUCCGUGGCCUAUUGGCUGAAGAAGUUGGAGAAGCCACGAGGUGCCAUUCGAGUGCUGGUGGUGGAACGGGACCACACGUAUUCCCGGGCCUCCACUGUGCUUUCCGUGGGCGGGAUUCGUCAGCAGUUCUCGGUGCCUGAGAACGUCCAGCUCUCCCUCUUUUCAAUUGACUUUCUACGGAACAUCAAUGAGUACCUGGCUGUAGCUGAUGACCCUCCCCUGGACAUCCAGUUCAACCCAUCAGGUUAUCUCUUGCUGGCUUCAGAAAAGGGUGCUGCCAUCAUGGAGAACAACGUGAAGGUGCAGAGGCAGGAAGGAGCCAAAGUUUGCCUGAUGUCUCCUGAGCAGCUUCGGAACAAAUUUCCCUGGAUAAACACAGAGGGCGUGGCUUUGGCAUCUUAUGGCAUGGAGCAUGAAGGUUGGUUUGACCCCUGGUGUCUGCUCCAGGGGCUUCGGCGAAAGGUCCAGUCCAUGGGGGUCCUCUUCUGCCGCGGAGAGGUGACACGUUUCAUGUCUUCGUCUAACCUCAUGAAGACUGCAAGUGGGGAAGAAGUGAAUUUGAAAAGGAUCCACGAAGUUCAUGUGAAGAUAGACCAAAGCCUGGAGUACCAGCCCGUGGAAUGUGCCAUAGUGAUCAACGCAGCAGGGGCCUGGUCUGGCCAGGUUGCAGAGCUGGCUGGCAUUGGGAAGGGGCCACCUGGCACCCUCCAGGGCACCAAGCUACCUGUGGAGCUGAGAAAAAGGUACGUGUACUUGUGGCACUGCCCCCAGGGACCAGGCCUGGAGACCCCAUUCGUUAUAGACCCCAGUGGAACCUAUUUCCGCCGAGAAGGAUUAGGCCAUAACUACCUGGGUGGCUGUAGCCCCACUGAGGAGGAGGAACCGGAUCCAGGGAACCUGGAGGUGGACCAUGAUUUCUUCCAGGACAGGGUGUGGCCCCCUUUGGCCCAGAGGGUACCGGCUUUUGAAACUCUGAAGGUUCGGAGCGCUUGGGCCGGCUAUUACGACUACAACACCUUUGACCAGAAUGGCGUGGUGGGUCCUCACCCACUGGUCAUCAACAUGUAUUUUGCCACGGGCUUCAGCGGCCACGGGCUCCAACAGGCCCCUGCCGUGGGGCGAGCUGUGGCGGAGAUGGUGCUGGAGGGCCACUUCCAGACCAUCAACCUGAGCUCCUUCCUCUUCAGCCGCUUUUACUCGGGAGAGAAGGUCCAGGAGCACAACAUCAUCUGAGCCUGUAAGCUCUUCGCUGGGCCCUGCCGCUCUGUCCGCCCCCCGUGGCCUCCCUACACUCUCCUGUCCCCACAGGGCUGGGUGGGCAGGCCGACUACGGGCUGUGAGGCCCAGACCAACAGAGAGUGUUGGAGGGGGAGACCCCAGGACUGACGGCCCGGGCUGAGGCCACCCACCAAGGCAGUGCAGCCGGACAGAAUACCUGAGCACGUGGCCCAAGACUGCCUUCUUCCUGGUACUGAGCCAGCAAGAUCACCUAUGCCCCUCUUGGCAGGCUACCCUGGAGCCCGGGCAGGGAGCCUUCCAGGGCGGCUGGUGCAGAAUUAGUGACCGUUUACCUACUCAUCAAUCAAUAAAUGUUAUUACUCUUUCUACUCAGUCUUCUGCCCCUUCUCCUUUGACCUCAUAGCAGUUGCUUCUGAAGCACCGGUAGCCUUUGGUACCAGGCCGCACGGCCUUCUCCUCCCGGCAGCAUUCUCCCGUCCUAGGUGUAGGCAGCUUGUUGGCAAACUAGUGCCUUCCCUUCCUGAGUUGCUGCAGAGGGAAGGGAUGGUUCAUUCCUUUAUUCAGCAUUUAUUUGGCUCCAACUCUCGGCCAGGCCCAGGGCUACAUAUCAGAGAUCUACCA